AUGCAGAUCACCGUUGGCCGGCCAACCGGCUGCUCGACUGGGCGGUGGGCACAUGCCACAUCCGGAAAAUUCCUCUACAUAAAUAUCCUGCUCGUGUUGCUGCACAAUGCCCUCACCGUGGGUGGACUGCGUAAGGGCCGGCUGGUGCUUCCGAGCUCCUACACCGCCCUCGGAGACGAUCUGGACGUGCAGUUGCACGCGGAUCCGCUCGAAUUGGCCACGGUUGAACGGUUAAAGUUGCAGAUCGCGCGCCAUCUACCGGCCGGUGGUGGAACUGUCGCCACCACGCUGGACAUCCGCGUGGACGUCAACCACAACGUGACGCAGAUCAAGGUGCCGUGCCAUCACUUCUUGCACGGUGGCCACUACGAGCUGGUUGUGCUGGAAGACAACGCUAGUCAGGCGCAGCUGGGCCAACAAAUGGAUGAACGACUGCGACAACCGCUGGAAGUGAGCUGGCCCUCGGUUCGGUUGGAUAUUACGCCGAAUCGUACCGAUACCUACCCUGAAGGGCUCGUCCAAGGUCUGCUGGAGUUCGCGGACGUACGCUGUCAACUGCCCACGCACGGUGUCGACUCACUCGACCUGCCCGAGCUCUGGUUGGAGUUGUUCUACUGUGGAAAAUCGGUGGAAUCCUGCAGUCACGGUAACACCUCGGAGCCGUUCUCGCGAGCGCAGGUCCUCUACACGGAGCAGGUGCGUGGACUGCCACGCAACCGCACGAUCGCGUUCCGGUGCGAUCUGUUCGGAUUGGCUGGGUUUUACGGGUUACAUCUGAAACCUGGAACCGGCCGACCUGUCGAUCCUACCAUGGCCGCUAUAUUGCAGGCUCGAGCGCUGCUACAAGCGGACUGGAGCAAGCAGUACGUCUUCACCGUGCACACGAGGAGCAUCUUUCCGUGCGAUCCACAUGGACCAGGAAUUCGAGUGUUGUUCCAGUACCCGGUGUGCAUCCUGAACCAAGCCGAUCGCGUGCGAUUGUUCGCAAAGCUGCGCGCUGAUGUCCUGUCACUGGCACCGCCUACUUCGCUGCACUACAUCUCGGAACAGCGCGUCACCAAGGGUCAACAUGCGGCCUACUUCGAGUGUGAUCUGUUUUACGAGAAGUACGUCGAGUACUGCUUCGUGUACGUCAGCCAGGCGAUAUCCGGUGCCGUUGCGGACAUCCGCAUGGACUGCGUGCCGACGCUUCCGGUGUCAGCUUCCGAUUCCGGUGGUUGGGGUCCUUGGAGCAACUGGACGCACUGUUCGACAACCUGCCGGGGUGGCAUAAGGAAUCGCUAUCGAUUUUGUGACUCGCCACCGCCCCGAUACGGCGCCAAGUUCUGUGAGGGACCUUCGGUGCAGACGGAACGCUGCGGUCUGGACACUUCCGGUGACUCUUGGGAGUGCAUGUUUAGUCCGGCGAUCGGUGGCAUCAACCUGCCACUAGAAAUCGAAGACGUUAACACGGAAAUCGGCCCCGGAUGCCGUUGCGGGUGCGUCAUUCACAUGGGAAUGGUCAAACCAAAGCGGCUGCUCGGUUCGUCCUCGUACAGCUGUCCCGAUCGAAGCCUGUGGCUGAUCAAGGGUGACGAUGGCUGCCGUUUGCGGAUGUCGAUCGAUUUCCACAAGUUUCCCUGCGACGGGCAGUGGCUUAAAAUACGCGACGGUGAUUCCGUGGCGGAUGAACUACUGCUGCAGUUCGAUCGUGCCACCGAGACCACUAACACUGUGGCAGAGGCGACCGGAAACAUGCUGCUGGUGGAGUUCUUCUCGCGGAAAACCGACCAAUACGACGAGGCGUGCAAUGCGGGCUUCUUGGGUCAAGCGGAGCAAAUCAAAGUAAUUUCGCCCACCCUGCAACCCAUCGGCAACAGCACGUCGAUCGCGAGCAAAGUCAUCAUGCCGAUCGUGCAAAGCCUGCAGAGCUACGCCAGCUUCACGAUCGCGCACAUUUGCGCGCUGGUGUUCAUCUGCGUGAUCGUGCUCGUUAGCUUUCUGCUCGUGGUGCAGUACAUCUUCCGGUACCGGAAGUACGAGCUGGCCACGAGCCGGAUGGAGGCAGCUGAUUCACCCGCGCAUACGCUUUUCGGGUCCAACCAAUCGCUGGGACCGUCAGCACCCAUUCAACCAAGAUCCCGUGCUGUAUCGACGACGACGCUCAUCUCGGAGAUAGUCUCGUACGUGAAGUUGCGACCACGAGCGACCACCUCCAUCCGGCAUGAGCGAUUUCGUGAAAGCGUUGAGUACGCGCUUGAGUCAACCCAUAGCCGAUCUGAUGCGGUGCCUUCUGAUGGUAGCACUGAGGUCAUCAUGGAGCUGCAGGAUCGCCCGACGGAUACCGAGGACCGGCUCGAGGAUGGCGAGGACGAAACGCCACUUCAGAGUCUGAACGAUCUCAACAACCCGCGUGAGGAUCGAACGCCACCGAAAGGCAAAAGGACGUCACCGGUGGAGGCGCACGAUUCCGACGAUGAACGGUCGACGACGGUGAGUUCGGCCUAUUCGUCGUUGAACCGUGAAAAAACGCCCCUCGUGGCGGGCCAAGGCACAAAAGCCAUCAUUGACGUCCUGCGAGGUGACCAACUCGUCAAAAGCGCCACUUGUUUGAUGACGACGUCCAGCACCAGCACGGCCACGCUCACGAACGUGAGCCCCUCGGACGUGGAAUGCUGCUCUCCACCGGAACCAGGCGUUAGGAGUCCGUUGGCACGGCGCAACACCGGCACCUCGGUUCGGGCUCGAAAUGCGAAAGAAAGCAAGGAAAAGCGCAACCUACAGAAGCUGCUGGCCGGGUCGGAUUACUCACUUGGUGCGCCCUCCGAGCAGGACAUGGAGCUGGACUAUUACGACUACAAUGUGAUCAAUGCGGGUGCAGCUCCCGGCUCGUAUCUCGGCAUGGAUCCGGCCUUUCUCGUGUGGAUUCCCCCGCUUGAUGAUGGGCUGGAAGAGGAGCGAGAACGUGAUGACUGCGGUGAGGAGGAUGAGGACGACGAGCUGGCAGGGUUGGCGAAUCGAGGUGCCCGGGAGGACCUUGGGCUUGAGACCCGCAGCGUCAGCGUGACACCGAGCGAGGAACUCAUCCGGCAGCUGGCGGAACAGAAGCGCAACGAUUACGUCAUCGUUUCCAAUAGCAUCUCCAAGAGUGACGUCUGUUCGGAAAGCGACGGUCAAUCGGUCGAUGUGCGGAUCCCGUCCGAGCGGCGGAGAAGAAAGCUUCACGAGUUGAUACUGGUUCGACGAAACAGUGGGAGAGGUGAAGGUAGUGGUGGUGGUGGUAAUGCGGGGGACUCCGGUUCCGCGUCGUCCGCGCGGAAAAGCUCCUCCGACGAAUCGACGGAGGAACGCGAAAAGGAAACAUCCUUCACGAAGUCACCGGUGGACAAUAAGCAGAUCAGUGACUUCUACGAGAUGGCCGAUAUCGCCUUCGCGGACGAUGAAGCCGACGAGGAAGAUGAGGACGAGGUGGAGGAGGAGGCGGAGAAGGAGGCAGGUGAAGAUCCGAUCGGAGGUUUCUGUGACGAUCGUCCUAAGGGUGGAACGAUCCUUGCGGCAGGAAUCGCGAAGCAAGAUCCUCACAGUGACAGGAAGGAGGGAAACAAGUAUCAAACCGUGAUCGGAGACGCACUGAGAAGGGACGGCGAAAGGGUCUAA